UUUCUUUUUUAACUUGCAAUAUUUGUGAAUUUUUGUCGUCCUCAGAAAGAAAAGAAUUAAAAAUUAUAAUUUUUAUUUAACAACGCAAGUGGUUAGAAUUGGUUAUCUAUAAAAUUGGGAUUGACAGAAAACCAUAAAAUGUGCACAUUAAACUUAUCUGAAUACGAUACGUUUGAGAUAGAAAAAAUCGCAACUACUUCCUUUCCUGCUGAUACCAUAGAAGCACACGAUGCUGUGCCUUUUUGUAAAAAAUGUGGUAAUCAAGAGGCUCAAGUUUUUUUGAAAAAUAAAAAUGAGUAUUGUAAAAGAUGCUUUUUAAUAAUACUGAGGCAUAAAUUUCGAGCAACUUUAAGUAAAUCUAAAUCAGUGCAUACAAAUGACUCUAUACUUGUUGCUCAUUCUGGGAAAGCAAAUUCAACUUUACUUUUGCAUCUUAUUACAACUGAUAUGAAUGAAUCAAUUUCCAAAAAACUUCAAUUUUCGUUUAAAGUUCUUUACAUAGAUGAUGGUAUAGUGAAAGGACGUUCUAUCAAAGAAAGAGAAUCUAUUCAAAGCGCAUUAGCCAAAGAAGCUGAAAAUUUGCAGUUAACUAUGUAUAUUCUACCUUUGUCAAAUUGUGUAACUGAUAGUAUCUGUGAAGAGAUGCAGCUAGCAAAUGCCCCAUUAAUGAACAUGACUAGUGAGAAUACAAUAGUACAGGAAAUAUUUGAUAAUUUGGAAAAUGAUACAGCCAAAGAUGAAUUACUGCAACAAUUAAGACUAAAAUUACUUGUAUCCGCAGCUCGUAAACUUAAUUGCAAUAAAAUUUUCAUUGCUGAUGCAUCUGUUGAUCUUGCGGUAAAAGUUCUUGGCAAUGUAUCGACUGGAAGAGGUUCUCAGUUGCCUUUCAAUGUUGCAUUUUCUGAUACGAGAUACAAGGAUGUAACACUACUUCGGCCACUUAGAGAUUUUACACGCGAUGAUAUAACUGGAUAUUUGGAGUGUUAUAAUCUACAUCCAAUUUUUAAUUGUGACAAAUAUAAUUCUUCUUUUCCUGCAUCCAUACGAAAUGUUACAAGAAAUUUUGUUUAUAAAUUAGACUCCGAAUUUCAUAGCACUGUACCCACGAUAUAUCGUACUAGUGAAAAAUUAGCCGCAAAAAGAAUGGAAUGUGAGAACAGCAACACAAAAAUCGAUGAUAACGUUAACAGUGACAAUAAUAUCUGUGUACUUUGUGAAUUAACAUCAGAUUCCUCUUAUUUAUCAAAGGAACAACCAUCUGUUGCACAGGCAAAGUUGUUUUCUAAAUUAGUUUCUACAGUUGCAGACACUUCAUUAAAUAUGGCUACAAAUUCACUAAAUAUUCAUGAACUAUCAAGUAAUGAACAAAUUAAAAGCAUAAAUGCUUCAAAAGAAGAGAAACAUCAAUGUCAGAAUGACAUUCAUAAAUCUAUUCUGAAGCAAUCGAUAAUUGAAAAAUAUCUAUGUUAUGGUUGCAGACUAAUUUUUCUAAAUUCAAAACAAAUAGAUAACAUUCUGCCUAAUUUCAUUUCCAAUGCAAUUAAAAAAAAGUCGCAAAUCGCACAUCUAGAAAAAGAGAUAAGCGACUUUUUAUUGUAACUGAUAGACAAAAAACAGUAUUUAUACACAAAAUAUGUUUCCAGUAUAUUUCUGACAAAGGAACUUCUGAACUAUUUUGGUAACAGAGACAUUUUGAAUAAAUAAAAAUGGUGAAAUAAAA